UUCUAUCCUGUGACUGCCCCUUCCUACUUCCACCCUCGGGAAGCACGAGUGUCUGCGACUUGUCUCACUUCAAACAACACAUUAUCAAGGCCUUUACUCAGGUCUACAAAUAUGGAUGAGUAUAAACGUAUGUCGGAUGAGGAGCUUAUCAGUACGCUGCGAAAAUACAACAUCUCACACGGCCCCAUUGUUGGUUCAACAAGGGUGUUGUAUGAAAAGAAACUGUAUGAAUGUGAACAUCAGAAAAGGACAUUUCAGCCCUCGUUUGCAUCCCAUGAGCUGGAGUACAGAAACAGAGACUUUGAAAACGACGACGUGAGUGAAGAAUACUACGAAGAAAAAAUCACCCGAACAGCUGGAUAUCCACAAACAUUUCAGAGAAAAUCUGAAUUUUCUAAAGAGCGAGAUUACUACAAGGAUAACUCAUACCAGAAUAUAUCCCAGACACGUCAGUCUUUAGGAACGUCACAGCGAGUGGAGGCACGAAAGCCUAUUCGUGAAAAUAAAAGGAACGAAGUGUCUUUCAGGACACGCUACAUCCCGCUCUGGUUACAGCUCUUCCUAUUAAUACUCCUUAUCGGUGCCUUGGCCUAUCUGUACUACGUAAAGCACGCUGAGGAGAAUCCAUUCAAGACAUUAGGCAACUAAGUGGUGCUGGUUCUAUCAUUAUGUAGACCAACAUAUAAACAACAAUUGGAGCAAUUUUCAUAAUCUUGUGUUUUUCAAUUGUCAAAGCUUUUUGAUCGGAAAAAAUUGAGAAAUCACCUUGUAAACCAAUGGAAAGUUCUUGUUGAUUUCUCCAUGUUUUAUUGCCAUUGAAUCAGUCUGUACACAUAACCCCAUUGUGUCUCUUGCUAGUUUCUGGUAAUUCCUUGCCCGAUCUCUGUAAAGAAGUUGCAUAAGUGCAUACCAUGGGCAUUUGUAAUCACUUUGUAGAACCAGUUUAAUAUGUUAAUCAUUGUGGGUGGUUUGUGGGUAGUUGAUGCGUGGGUUUUAUUUUACGGAGCAAGUAUAUAAUGAAAAUGUGGAUGUCCGCGCAUCGGUUUGGAAUAAUUAAGCAAAGAUCAGGUUUGGUGCCAGAAACUCAAAGAACACUGAUAUUUCUGAAAUUAUAUUAGGCAUGCAGGGCGCCCAAUAAUCCUGAUUUUGUUGGGACAGUUCAGAUUUUUUAAGUCCUGUUUAGCUGUACCAAAUUUGUGUACCUGAUGUCCCCAGAAAACUGUCCUCAGGCAGUACAGCGCAACUUCAGCAUUAGACGUGCUUGUGCUUUGAAUGGGCACAAUAUAGUGUAGAUUUGGGCCAGAAAAGCCACUUUAGUGGGCAGGCCCACCCAUUAUCUAUGUCGCCCACGAGUCAAGUCAUGUUAUUGGUGACACCCUCCUCAGGGCCUGCCCACCCGUCCUGAUCUUAUACCUCACAUUGUUGUAUGGGUAUAAUAUAAGUCUGGAGAGCAUAGGAUUUAUUCACUAAACCAAGUAUUGCAGAGACAUUCUAAAAGAAUUGAACUGGGGGGAAACAUUGGAUAUGUUUCCAACUCAAUAGUU